CACUUCCAUGCCCACACACGUACAUUGAUCGUGUAUCUAUUGUCACGGGAGCACCUUCUGGUAAAGUGCCUCGGUUAGAGUCACAUGGUAUGCAACAGGACACUUGAGGCAUAAACGACUAGAGGUAGAGGACGGUCAUUAUUUCAGCACUUUCAGUCAUUUUUGCCUUCGCUGCCAAAAGGUGAACGUCACUUGUAUUUUUCAUUGGUUUUACUCUCUUAUCUCUGCUUAAAGCAACUAAUUAACCUAAAAGUUAAAACAAGAAGCUUCAAACAGCGCACACAAGAUCGUUAAAGCAAGCGUCUUGUAACCAUAGAAACCAAUACGUUCAUGACUACGCGUGUUCCGAAUCGCGUGAUGAUUGGCUAAAUGUUUUAUUUUGACUAAUAUGGCUGCGGAAACUUAGGUCAAGAAAUGUUAUUGUUCUCCUCAAAAGUUACAUAUGCGCUACUCAUGAUUCCAGAUGAAAAUUUGCUUAUAUUUUGGCACUGAAAAUCUUUUCACAUCAAACAAUUUAUCAAUAUGUUCAAGAAUGAGUAUCAGGGAGGUCCUUUUGUGGAAAUUUUUAGUGCCCAAGGCAAAGAUCCUGUAGCAAAGUGGAAGUUAUGUGGCAGCCCAUCAGCAAUUCGGAAGGAGUUUGAUAAAGAAGUAAAAGGUUUUAUAUACAUCCUUGAGGGCAGCAGUCAAACCAUCAAGAUGCACUUACCUAAAGAUAAUAAGCAGACACUUGGCCUGAUCCAGCGAUUUCUGGUCCUUCAGAUUUAUGUACCACUGGGGCAGGACUUCGCCACUGAAUUGCAGAUAACUGACUUGGGAAACAUCAAGAGAAGACUGUAUUUGUCAACUGUCCACAAGGAGCUGUUAAUGACCCCUCUGCACGCAAAAAUACCUCUUUCUGUUAUUAAGCGCAAAAUAUGGUGCAAUCUGUGCAUUGACUUGGUUGAAUUUACCAGUGAAAUAUUCAAAGGAGCAGUUUUCCUAUCUUUAGAUGGGGUAAUCAUCUCUGCAAAUUGUAAACUAAGAAAAAUCUUUUCUAUGAAACUACAACCCCAGGAUACUGUUGAUGAGGAUGGUAUUUACAUCAUCCACACUGAUGUUAAUGAACUCAUAGAUGUUAUUCCUCGAAGCUGCCAAAUUUCUGUGGAUGUGCCCCAGGUUUCACUGCUACUAAAUAUGACCAAACUUAAAAAAGGGGAAUUAAAAUUUGGUGGGCAAACACUCAUUUCCUCUGACACUGAUGUGCCAACUGGUAAGGCAGCAGGCAUACAGAACAGUAGAGUACAAGAUCUCUCCCACAUUGCAUUUGGAUCCAAAGUGCUUGGACCUCCUCCACCAACUGGUAGAAAACCUAACUCAUGCAAUUCCAGAGAGAUUGCAAGCUCAUUAAGCAACAGAACUAACAGAUCAUCUUACCAGUGUAGAUAUGGCCAAGGAGAUAAGGUAGACUACAUGAAGCGAUCACAAUUACCUACAUCAAACCAAGAUCGAAACAAGGAAAAUAUUCAUCAUACUAGGAAGAAGACAGAUCAUCUUACCACAGAUCAACUCAUGAUACCUCAUCCCCCACGGGAACCAUCAGCAGAGAAAAACAGUACCAGAAGAAGGUUACGUGUAAGGAGUGCUGGCAAAGAACAUACUGGCCUUUUCAAAGAUGAGUGGCACUUUCCAGAAGAUUCCAGUGACAGCUUUCAGCUUGCUGCAGCUCAACAAAGCACAAAUCAACUUCAGUGCUCAUGCAGUAGCUUGUCUGGGCAGCUGGUAGACAGUGACAAGGAAAAUGAGAAUGAGUGCAGUGAAAGUGAACCCCAGCUAGAAAUAAAGGACAUUUUUAUGUAUUCUUCCCACCCCAGAUCAGCUCCCCAUGGGAAGUCACACAGUUUUUCCGGUGAAGGAUUUACACUCCCACAAGAUCUGAUGAAUCCUACUGAAGUGGAGAGAAGAGGGGCCCGGAUGGAGGAUGACUUUUAUGGCAGUGACAACAGUGAAGAGGAUGAUCUUCACAUUAAAUUUAGUAGACAGACAUCAAGCCCUCAAAUCAGCACAAGUGCUUCACUAUCACCACAGUCAAUGGUUUUGUCAAAGACACCUUUACAACGAUUACCUAGGACUUCUGAAGACAGCCCACCUGGAACAUCAAUUACAGCAUCUUCCACAGAACCUUUACCUCGAAAGAUUGAAAACCCACUUCUGAAAGACAGGGAGACAGAUCCCCUUCAAAAAGCACUGAUUCCUACUCUGUGUCUGUCUCCCACAGGAAGUAAGCCUGGAUUCUCUUUAGAAAAUCCAAGUACAUCAAAAAGAUUUACAGGUACACAAAUCAGCGAGUUAAGGACAUCAGUGAACAGAAAAUCCCUUCGAGAAAUCCCUGGAAACCCUUCAAGACUAGCAGCUGAACACAAUGAGUAUGACUGGAGAAACUAUCAGUCUACCAAGAUGAGUAUUUCAGAGCUUCAGAUGUUAGAAAGUCUACGAAGACAGCAAAAUGAAGAACUUGAGGAAGAUGGAAACUUGCAUGGCCUGAGUGCCUCUCAGAUUAAUAACUGUAAUGUCAGUAUUAGUACAAGCAGUGAUGACACGACCACUUGGAACUCCUGUCUUCCUCAGCCUGCCAACCAGGGACAUCACUACCAAAAGGAAAUGGCGCCUCUCUUGCAUUCCAACCCACGAGACUGGCUCAAUGCUUUUAGCCCACCUAUUAUACCAUUAAAUGAGGAAUUAACAGAUGAAGAUGACCUUUCCUCUUCAAUGAAAGAAAUUUUGGGCAAAAGGUUACAAGGUUCAGUCCAUGAAGAUGAUGAUAUUCUGACUCUGCUUUAUGAUCCUUGCCUAAACUGCUAUUUCGAUCCAGAAACUGGAAAAUAUUAUGAACUAGCUUAACUAAAGAUGUUCUUAAAGUAAAUUCUCUCAGUAACUAUGCUGCAGCAAUUUAAAAACUUAAACCUCAUACUUGAGUGUACAUUAUUAGAUAUGGAGAAAAAGGACUACAAUAAUGAUGCUAAUAUACUGUAUUAAAUUAUGAAGAUGAAUAAUUAUAUAUUUUAUAAAGAAUAUGCAACAGUGUUAUUUUAUGGUCUAAUAUAAAUUUACAAAUGAGCUCAUACAAGUCUGUGGCAGGUUCUCAGUAUUUUAUUGCCUUAGAGACCAUAAAUGAGUUUAUAUAUUGCCAGUUUUUUCUUAGGUUCCUAAGAGAGUAUUUCACUGGUAAAGAGUAUAAAAUACUCAUGAAUCAUGUAAUAGUGCUGCAUGGAUACAGUCACCUUCCAGAGUAUGUAGUUAAAUGUUUGAGGCUACAUGUCACUCUUGGGUAUUUCAGUCAAAUUUAAACAUACCUGUUAUUUCCCAGUAUUUCUCUACUGGAACAAUAUGAGUAUUGCUUUUCCUGUUUUAGUAAACAUCUAUUGUACCCUCACAAAUUUGUUCCUUUUUAUGACAUGGGUGCUACAAGACACUGCUGGAUUCCAGUGUUGGUGUAAUCAAGAUGUAGAAAUUGGUUUUAAUGUCCAUAUCACUGGAUGUUAAAAACCUUUUGCACAACACACAGUCUUGUGGCACUGUAUGUUGUCAAUAUGUAAUUUAAAAUUUAGCAUACGGUGUACAAGAAUACUCAAAUAAUUUUUUGACAAUACAUAUUCUAGAACCCCAUUUAGUAGUGUGUAUACAUACUGCAGCCCAUGUCUUCCAAAGCACAUAUAUUUUCUUUUGAUGCUACCACAUUGCUUGUUUUAAACCCAAUGGUUUAAACCAAGACAGUUUUGCAGAGUUUCAGUCACUCCCAUUUGUAACACGUUUAUCAAGAGUUAAAUCUUAUGCAUAAAGGCAGUAAGAGAUAUCAUUUGAUAUCUUAAUACAGGACAGGUAAAGUCUGAAGAGUGAAAGUCAAGAACAGAUACCUGUGAUUCACUCUUGUCCAUAUCUUAAAGUUGUAGCAGAGCUGGAGCCAUUGCAGAUGAGUUAUUUCCUACUGCUAAACCACUACCUCAGCCAUGAGAUAAUUGGGAGUGACAAAACAAAACCUUUUUAUUUUCAAUAAAAUAGCAUAGUCAUCUAUGACAAAUGCAGAUUAUAGCUCUAUGUAAAUAGUAUCCAACUUGAUAUUAUACUCCAAGGGUAGUAUCAUAUUGUUACAGUGUAGCAGGUUCUAUAUCUGCACUGAAUGAUCUUUUAUUUAUGCAUGUUGAUGAAUUUUGCAUAUACCUACUGAUCUAUUCUUUUUCAUUAAAAUGUUCAAAACCACUAUUUUUAUUUGCUAAGAUGGACAAAAUGAAUACAAACAGCAUAUUAAAUACAGUGUUGAAUGUGAUACAACUGACUAUUUAAUAUGGAAUGUUAUAUUCAUAAAGCUGUAUACAUAAAAUGAUUUUAAUAUCCACUGAAAUUAGAAGUCAUGUACUUACCAUAAAUUGGCAUCUUUGUUGUCCAUUUUCAUUCUUCCUCACUGAUGGGUUAU